AUGACUGCAUCCGUGCGUUUGGUGCAUGAGGGCUGUGGAUCGGGACAUAUCACGGUCGAUGGCGCCGAUAACGACCUCCGGAAUGCCCUCGCAAUCGCUUGGCAACCAUGGGGCCACCGGGACAAUCUCGAGGCCUCUCCGUCGGUCGCGCUCGCUCCCGCGGGCGCGGCGGUCGCCACCGAUCCGGACGCGGCCAUGGCGGCCCUCGCGGCCGGCGCGCAAGCCGCAGAGCCUGCCGGAGGUGCCACCCGAGCGGCGAGGUGA